AUGCAGGUGUUUGGUAUAUUUUUAUUGUUUUCAGCCCUAGCUUCUGGAUUUAGGCUCCAAGCUGGGAACCAGCAAACCCACAAUACACCCUUGGUUUCCUGUAACCGGAAGAGGUCGGAUUCUCUUUCUCUUUUUAAAUCUUCCAACAAAAAUGUUUCAAGAUGCACGUUUUUUAGUGGUAUGUGCUCCAGAAUUACGGAUGUUGCCAAGAAGGUCAAUAACACAGUACCCGGUGGCGUUUUGACAGCAGUUGCUGUUCCAAUAGCUACAGCAGCUAUAAUUAGAUAUUGUUUCGGAGGUACCGAUUCUAAUGCCAACAAACAGAGUACGAGUCUGUUAACAAGGUACCAGUGUUCUGGUUGCGGAUUCAUAAUAUUCCCGGCCAAGAAUAGGGAAGACAAGUUCUUUUCAGCGAGUUUCACGUGCCCAAAUUGUGGAGCACCAAAGACUAAAUUUGUUGAAAAAUACAAGAAUUAG